CUGAAGGUGAUUUUUUAAAAAACUGACACCAGCUCAUUGGUUUCAAAUCCAGCGCGGACCUCAAUAGUUUAUCAGUAAUUGAUAAAUCAAUAUAAUUGUGCAUCAGCGGAUUAAUUUUUCGGCAUUUAAAUGAAAGUAAUGGAUCCAGAGUUUCAUACGGAGUUGAUUUUGAAAGAAGAAACAAUUGAAUCUUUAAAUGAAACCUUGGAAUUCGUAGACGAACAAGUUGAAAAACUUGUCAGUGCUGAAGGAACAGGAUCAAGUGCCAUUGGAAUAAGACCUAGACCUCUGAUUUGUAAGCCGGAGAAUGUUAAUAUCGAGCGUAAGUCUGAACCCAUUGAAACUAAAUGGCAAUGGGCACCUGGAGCCUGGCAAGAUGCCACCAGAACCAGCGCAUUCCAACCCUACAAGCCUCCAACACUGCUGACAAACUUACAAAGAGGUAACACCAAGACCGAAAUACCCCAGCUGUAUGCUGACAGUGACAUUACCUUCCAUACCUUAGCAGGACAAGGCGAGCUGACAGCAGAUCAUUUGAAAUUAGCACCGAUAGAUGCUACUGACAAAAAUGGACUGACAGGACUGAUGUGGGCUGCUGCCCAUGGCCAACUGGGCACUGCGAGACAAUUAAUUAAGGCGGGAGCUGAUAAAAAUUACAAAGGUUUAAAUGGAGAAACUGCUUUACAUCUCGCUGCGUCUUAUGGUCAUCAUGAUCUUGUUAAAUUAUUACUGAGUAAUAAUAUCGAUCCCAAUGUCAGUGAUGAGGAAGGUAACACUCCAUUAAUUUAUGGAGCUUAUGGAGACCAUCCCCACGUUUGUUAUGAAUUAUUAACACGUGGUGCGGAUCUUACGCACCGGAAUGUUCAUAACAUAAGUGCUUACCAUGCCGCAGUAUUAAAAAAAUCACAUACAGCCAAAGCUGUUAUUGAAAAUUACAUAAUACAGCAGUGUGUUAUUUAAUAUUAUUAUUAUAAUUAUUAUUACUGUAUACUUAAUUAAUAAAAGUUAUUUGUUACGAAAAAAUUCAAA